UGCGAACGAAAGAUAACAGUACCCCAGAAUUUCACCACCCACUCCAACAAACAGCUGAGGAGAGUACCGCUGUUUUAUUGACCGUUCGUUUAGUGUUUCCCAUCAACUCCCUUUUUUACAUCAUCGUUAUCAGUGCGGUGAAGAUAAAAUCGUGUUUUUCUUUCAAAAUUGCAAGUAAUUAUACCUUUGUGACGUUCACAAAACGAAAAUUUCUGAAUCCUAAGUACAGAUUGGUAAUUGAUGCUGUUUAAACGUGUACUUAUGUAAGGAUAGUUUUGUUGUAAGUCGUGCUGAAAAAUAACAAAAAUAUUGUGAAUUGCAACAAUCAAUAAGGAAGGUCAUUGAAAAUCGCUGCGAAGGCCAUUGAGGUUGCGAGAAAAAUAAAGCACAGAAAAUUGCGUCUCGUUUGGGAAUCCGGUGUUGAAACAAAAUGCGCUUCACAACAGCAGCGGUUGCGCUGAUUGCGUUCAUCGUAAUUUUUUCGAUUUUUGUGGCGAAUGUGGCCAACCUAGUCGGACUGGAUAGUAAGUUGAACAAACGAUUGAAUGCUGCUUAUACCAAAGGACAAGAGCGAUGGAAUGUCGGCGGUAAGCAGCUAACAUUGGACGAUAGCCCACGGCAUCUGAUGUGGUUCUUGCAGAUUUCCGACAUCCACAUCAGCUUAUACAAAGAUCCAAGCCGAGUGCCCCAUUUGAUUGAAUUUUGCAACCGUACGGUAGACAUUAUUCGACCUUCGGUCGUCUUGGCUUCAGGGGACCUAACAGAUGCAAAAACUGCGAAUUUUCUCGGCUCGAAGCAACAUGAGCAAGAAUGGCGUUGGUACCGGGAUGUCCUCAAGGAUACGGAUGUUCUCAGCAAAACAGCCUGGUUGGAUAUCCGUGGCAAUCACGACAAUUUCAAUGUUCCUGCGCUGCAGACAAAACAGGAUCUUUUCACCAACUAUUCCGCACAAGGGAAGAAUCAUCCCCGAUCGUAUUUGCAUCAGGUGACGAAGGAUGGCGAACGCUACAGUUUCAUUGCUGUGGAUGCCUGUCUGGACCCGGGGCCGAAACGGCCUUUCAAUUUUGUGGGAAUGCUUUCUAUGAACGAAACUCAGCAUAUUAUUGGUCUUGCGGAAAAAUCCCGAGCUAUGGAAACAAACUACACCAUCUGGUUCGGACACUAUCCAACGUCAUGUAUAUUAACGCCUGGCUUAGGAACCAGUGGCAUUCGCAACUUGAUUGGAAAGUAUCAGGAAGGAUAUGCAUAUCUCUGUGGUCACUUUCAUAAGCUGGGAGGAGCGGUCCCACACAUGUACACUAUGCAAAACGAAGGAUUCCUGGAAUUAGAACUGGGCGAUUGGAUGAAGAACCGUAUGUAUCGUCUUGCUGCAUUUGACCACGGUCAGUUCUCUUUCGUAGAUUUGCAGCACAACAAUUGGCCUGUGGUCUUGAUAACGAACCCGAAGAAUGUUCUCUUCAACAUACCGGGUAAGGAAAAUUCGCAUUUGCCGCUUGAAUCCACCCACAUCCGUUUGUUAGCCUUUUCACCGGCAAAAAUUACCGAGUGUCAAGUUAAGGUCGAUCCGGACGAAUGGGUCGACUGCACCCGGGUUAGUCGAGAGCUAUUCGUGGUACCUUGGUCCCCGGAAAGAUAUGCACAAGGAUUGCACAAAAUAUCGGUGUUCAUACGCGACGAGGAGGGCAGGUAUCGAGUGGUCGAACAGGAAUUCACGCUGGAUGGAUCGAGACGGAAGUUCAGCACGCUGGCUCGUUUCGUACUGAUGUACGACACAAACAAAAUAUUCCAAGUGUUCUUCAGUCUGGCAUUGAUUACCUGCUUGUUGCCGCUAUGCGUUUUCCGGAUUUGGCAUAUGCUUGUCAAAAAUGGCUCAAUUGCUCGACCCCGAUUUCGAAGCUACUGCUGCCGUGGUUGGAUUCGAAAGAUGUGGAUUCUUUCCACAGUAGAUCGAUUGGUGUUUCCCCUAAUCGGCUACUGCCUCUUCGUGACCUGCGGUCCGUGGUCCUUCGGCGAAGUGAUCGACGGCCACAUGGGAGUAGUUUUCGUGUGGGGCAUUUUCGUCAACGGCACAUUCCUUCCGGGUACAUUGACCUACUUCUACGGAUUCUUCCAAUUGAUGUUUUGUCAAUUCCCGCUCAUGAUAAUCUACGCCAACAAUGCACAUAAAAGAUUAUAUCGCGGACCAGCCAGUGCAGAAAAGAAGCUCGGCUUCCUUGCCGCCACCUGGCAAAAUCUACCCUUCCUGUUGAUUAUGCUCGUGGAACUGCUUCUGGCUCUCAUCUUUUGGAAUGCUUACGGCACGCUGGCCUUCAUCAUUACGCCCCUGCGUACCUGGUCUAUCGUUCUGAACCUGAUCCUUUGGUACCAAUCAAAAAAUCUACCCGAAAAAAGUCUUCGCUCGGCGGCUUCCCUAUGGUCUGCAACACCCGAACCGAAGGCCUCCCAACUUUCGCAAUAAGGUGUUACAGCAAAGUGAAUUGUUUACAAGCAUGGAAAAUACGUUUUUGAUUCAUAAUUGUAACAUGUCUCGUAUGGAAAAUAUUGAAACAAUAGAAUUUAAUGCCAGUGUUGUAGACAUCCAAAUAACAAAUUUAACAAUCUAAUUUAUUCUAUUUAAUAUGGUUUCAAUGUGUAAGACCAAUGACUGAUUUGUGUAGAGAACUUUUAUUUUCCUAGAAAUAUAGUAAACUUUGUUUAGAUUUCGUAUUAUUUAGUUUUAGAUAGUGAUUCAAUAUUUACAAACGAGAAAGUUUAUUUAUGCUAUUUAUUAAAUUAUUUAGAUUUCGACCAAAUGACUAGUUUCUAAGAAAGAUUGGUAUCUAUGAAAUUUGUUCAAGAACACCACCGACAAUUUGGAGUUAUAAAAAUUCCAAUCAAUAUAUGAUAUUCUUCUAAGGCAACUAAAUACAUACUAGUAUUCACUGUUAUGAAACUUAGUACAUGUGUAUUUAUGUGAUAAUAAAAGGUUAACAAUCCAUU